CCUAUUUUUCCCUUCUUCGCUACAUAGGGAAAAGAAGGUAAUUGUUUGGCGGGAAGUAAAAUGUCGUCUGACAUCGAAAUUGACUUAGCGAGAUAUCUGAUUAUUAAAGAUCAGAAUAAGGUAGCAAUUACAGAGAAUGGAUGUCUGCUUUUAUGGGAUAAAGUGGAAAAUACUACGGUCGAGGUGGAAGAUAUCCCGCAAAUUCGGCAGUAUUUUGGUGUUGAGCUUGAAAAAUCAGCUUGUAAGGAUGAUACAAAUGUAGUUUCGAUUCAGACAUGUGAUGAAAAAAAAGCUACUGCGUUUUGGAAAGACGAGAAUACUGUAAAGACAUUCACUUAUCAGUCGAAGCAACAUCAAUAUUUGUUUGAAAGUAGUGUUAUUAGAAAUGAUGUUGUAUGGACAAAAAUAAGCAAAGAACUAAAAAAAGUUAACAGUGCAUGGCAAUAUACUGCUAAGAAUUGUGAAAAUAAAUUUAAAGAUAUUACUAAAACAUACAAGCGUAUAAAAGACCAUAACAACCAAACGGGAGUAGAACCAAAAACCUGUAAAUAUUUUGAAGAAUUGGAUGAAGUGCUGGGAGAAAAACCUUGCCUAAAACCUGUUGCUCUGGCUUCAAAUUUGAAGAAAAGAUCUCAUUCAGCAAGAUCACUAAGCAGUGUAUCUUCUAACGCUGAUAAUACAAUCAGCGACAUUGAUGAUGUAACAGAUAGUGAAAGCAAAUCAAAGAAACCAAAAAAAACGCGUAUGGAACGUGAAUUGGAACUGUGGACAAAAACCAUAAGUGAAGAAAACAGAAAACGUGAUGAAAUGAAAGAACAAAGGCAUCAGGAGUUAUUGGCAUGUCAAAAUAGAGCCCGAAAAACCUAUGAACAUUUUAUGACAAAACUGCUUGAAAAAUUUUAAGUAUUUGUAAGCUGCACAGUUUUAUUAUGUAUGUUUAAUUUUUAGUUAAAAAAAAAACUAUAAAUAAAAAAACUAUAAAUUAAACUAAAAAUAAACUAAAAAUAACUAAACUAAACUAUAAAUUUACAGUACUGUCAAUGAAUAAUGAAAUUUUCCUACUAACUUAAAAAUAUAACACAAAAGCAGUGCAUUCUGCAAUAUUAGUACAGAAUAACUAAAUUAAAAUAACUAAAAAUACCUAAAAAUUAAACAUACACAUAACAAAACUGUGCAGCUUACAAAUACGUAAAAUUUUUUUUAUUAAACAACCUAGGUAUUGAUAUUGCAGUGCAAUGUGUACCUGUUUUAAUUUUAGGAUAGAAUGUUCAGUGCUUUCAUUUCACAAACUUUAUGCGCAAAGUUUAUUAUUUUUUAAAGAUCAGUAUUUUAUUUUUAUUAUACACUAAAGAUUAUUUUUAUUUUGUGUUACUACU